AUGGCCUUUUAUUUAUUGCUGGCAGUGUUCCUGUUGAUCCAGCUCUUCGCAUGUGUUCAUGGUUCUUCUCUAUUACCACAACGCAUAUCAAGAAUAGAAUCAGUCAUCGAUCCGAAGCUAUCCAUACUCACGCCGAGCAGCAGUAACAACGACAAACGAUCCUCCCUUGUACAGCAUACCGAUUCAUUGACUUUACAAUUUACUGCAUUUGAUACGCUUUUCACCUUACACCUCGCACCCAACCUGGAUUUAUUUCAUACCAAUGCCACAAUACGCAUCUUUAACGACAACGACAACGACGAUGAUAUCGAGGAGACUCUUGAACCAAGCGAAUUUAGGAUAUUCAGGGGUCAUGUCACAUCUCAGGAACAGAAUAGCUGGGCACGGAUCAUCUUGCAUGAGUACGAUGAUACACAACUUGUUUUUGAAGGUGCCUUCAUGGUCGAUUCGGAUAUAUACCACAUUAGAACAAAUACCAAUUUCCGGCUCACUCGACGCAACGACGAUCCCAUUGCUUCCAGCUCAGCGGCCAUGAUCAUUUACCGCGACUCUGAUAAUGCCAUUGAUCCAUCAUCAUCAUCAUCAUCCCUAUUUGACAAACGCGCCAAGCCUUUUCGAAAACAUGGCAACAACAGCAGUAGCAGUAACGAUUUUAUGUGUGCCAUGGAAGAUAUGGAAUUCAAUCAGCUCCUUACGGGUAUACGGCAUAGCAACAACUCAUUGUCAAGUGCAACGCCUAUCGAUCCUGAUCACAUGAUGAUGAAACGAGCCAUGUCAAUGACACCCAACACAAAUGGAUGCCCCUCGACGCGACGUAUCGCUUACAUGGGCGUGGUUGCUGAUUGUACCUAUGUGCAGUCCUAUGGAAGCAUUCGACUUGCUCGAUUACAGAUAUUGAACAACUGGAAUAUUGCAUCGGCUGUGUAUGAACGCACCUUUAACGUUUCCCUUGGAUUGAUUUAUAUUCAAAUGUCAACAGCCGAUUGUCCUCGUCAUCCAAGUCAUUCAGCAGCAUGGAAUCAAAAAUGCUCUUCUUUUUAUACCAUCAAUGAUCGACUAUCGGAUUUCAGCUUAUGGCGUGGAAAACGUGGUGACGAUGGUGCAGCUCUAUGGCAUCUCAUGACAAAAUGCUCGACUGGCGUCAAGGUUGGGAUUGCGUGGUUGAGUCAACUUUGUGAAACCCAAGUCUCACAACAGAUUGAAGAAAAUGGCGCAUCGGAAUGGGUUUCCGGAACGGGAGUGUCAUCCAUUACCCGAGAUGAAUGGAAGGUGGUGGCCCAUGAAGUGGGACAUGGCUUUGGGGCUAUACAUGAUUGUACCGCACAGACGUGUCCCUGCACAUCAUCUGGAUGCAGUUGUUGUCCCCUCAGCGAUGAUACAUGUAGCGCUGGCGAUACGUAUUUGAUGAACCCUACAAGCAAUGUCACCAGCGAAGAUUUUAGUCCUUGUUCGAUUUCGGAUAUAUGUGGGUCGUUUCCCAAUAUCGGGUAUUGCCUAAAAUCACCCGAUUUGCGUGAUACGACAUCCUUCACGCUUUGUGGAAAUGGCAUUUUGGAACCAGGGGAGGAAUGCGAUUCUGGAUUGACCGAUAGUGCAUGCUGCCAUGCCAAAAAUUGUACAUUGAAAUCGGGUGCAAAAUGCGAUGAUUAUAGCCAACAAUGUUGUUUGAAUUGUACCAUGGCAACGGCGGCAACGGUGUGUCGACCGGCAGUAUCGGAAUGUGAUAUACCGGAAUACUGUACGGGGGAAUCCUUUUCUUGCCCUCCUGAUCAAGUGGAAGAGAAUGGAUCACCCUGUGGCAACAACACAAUGCAAUGUGCCUCAGGUGUUUGUACAUCGCGUGAUGAACAAUGCAUAGCGCGUGGUAUGCGACUUGGCGUCACCGAGGACUGCUCGUUUCAACAUGACUCGUGCCAAAUUAGUUGUGCGGAUCCAACAGACCCAGGAAAUUGUCUUGUGCUGAGUGGCGUGUUUUUGGAUGGCACAGAGUGUGGAUUGGCAAGCUUUUGUGAAAAGGGUAACUGUGUAAGCACAGGUGCAUUAAAUACGCUCAAAGCUUGGGUAGCCCAGAACAAACAAAUUGCCAUCCCUGUUUUUCUCUUUGGAAGUCUUAUCAUUGUGGCCCUUCUUGGAUGGCUUGCAUGGUUCCUUGUACGUCGUCAUCGGCGCAGUCGGCUGGCAACCGCCAAAGAUAAAGAUUCACGCCCACCAUCCACUGUGCAUAGCGUGGUUGUCUUUGGUGACGAUGGCAAUAAUGACAGCAGAGCGAGAAGGCGACAUAGUCAUACGGGAAGUUCGUUUCAUGAUCAGGAACAACCAUCAUCGUUAUUUCAAUCGUUGCAUAGCAACGCACGUACAGCAAACGACAACAACACCACUACUACUAUUACACCUUCCAUAUUCGCAACCUCUUCACCACCACCAUCAACAAGACAAGAGGCUUGGGAGCUUCAACCCAUUUCAGGCAACAAUGCUGUUUCUCCUUUAGCCAACAACAACAACCGUUCCACCUUGUAUCCAUCAAAAAACCCUUAUCUUGCAUCAACCUAUGCAACAAAAGCCAGCCAUUUGGGAGAUCCACCUAUUGCAAUGAACACAAGGGCGGCUGAGUUCUCACGACUCGGUGGUUACACCGACACAUCAUCCUACUUGGACAAUCCUGACAGCGUGGCUGUUGCACUUGGCAGUGGCGGCGGCAGCGGCGGGAGUGGGCAUCGGCAUAGACGCGUUAAAUCAACCACCACAUAA